CCCCAUUGCUAGAUUGUUUUCUGAUUUUCUCAUGAAUUUCUGUUAUUGUUGAAGGUUGAUUUCUUGUUGUUGUUGUUGUUGAAUAUUAAAUGUUGAAUGUUAGGUUAGCUUGAUUUUCCAUCAUCACUAUUUCACUCAGCAUACUUGUUACCAAUGUCUUAGAUAACAGUUGCGUUGCAAUCGGAUAAAGAUUUUCCAUCAUCACUAUUUCACUCAGCACUCAGCAUAUUAAAUGUACAUGUAUUACAUUUACAUGUACUGUGACACUGGUUGUGGUCAUCUGCGUGUGAAUUAAUCACAAUUUGUUUUUAUUACAAUAAACAAUGAAUCGGCAUCUUCCGAUACCGUUUUGUCGCUGCCGUUUUUGCGGUAACGGACUGUUUUUUAAAAGCUUGCUUGUUAUAUCAUCAUUGUUAACACAAUCUAUAGGAAGGCAGCAACCCGUGCAUUUGAGAAUUAAGGAGAGGAUGGAUAUUGAGGACCUUAAAGUGGACUUUGUGUUGAUUCUGGUAAACGGUUGAGUGCAAUUGAAACAAAGCUCACGAGCUUUGCAUUAAAGAGGGUGAGAGUGACAUUAAAGACAAGCUUUUCUUAAAAGUCCUAUUGAAGUUGCAAGCAUAGCACUAGCAGCAUGUAAUAGUGUCACUUGUGCACUAGAUUCACAACUUUAAGUUUCAAAUUCAUCCUCUCCCGAUCUUCAAAAACUAUUGAAAAAAAAGAGAGUAGAAAUAAAAAGCAAAGGUUAUAGUUGGUUUGGCACAAUUAGAUGUGAAUUUUGUGGUUUUCUUGUUACGGUGGCAGAUUUUUCCUUUUAUUUAGAUAUAUUAGUGAGUCAGUGACUAUGGCUAUAGCAAUGUAUAAUUGGCAAUAAAAAGAAUGGCGGUCUUUUGGGUGUUCUUCAAACAGAAAAUUAAUUGUAUGAUUGGCAAUUUAUAGUUUUUUUUUUAAUAUAGAAAUGUUGUUUGAAUCUAUGUAGUUUAUAAAUUAUGGUUUUUUUUGGCGGCCUCCUGAAACGGUGAGAAAUUCCAUCCAUAAUUUCUUUUUUCUGUUUAUUUUUCAGAUUUUCCUUCCCUUUUAGGCUUCUUCUAUAGUGUGCGAGGAUGCAAUUCCAGCUAGAUUUGCGUGUCCUGGAAUUGCGUCGGAGCAUAGUACAGCUCUACUCUGCGCUACAAAUCCACAAUUUCCAUUAACAACAUACAAUGUAGCUCAUUUAAAUUUUGCUCUCACUGUUUAUAUGAUUGUUUAUCUGGUUGUUUCAAUACAAUGAAAUGAGAAAAGUAGUCUGAAAAAAGAAGAUUGUGAGAUAGUGUUUUGAGAAGAAGUGUUGAAUGGAAUUAUCCAAGAAAUGCAAUCUUCUUCAACUUAGGGGAGAAGGUUGUGAUGUUGUGUACUGCUACAACACGGUUAAGGUAUGCCUUCCACAAAUUUCUGAGGUUCUUUUCUCAUUACCCAAAAGAAAAUGCAAAAAUAUUAUCAUCCUUUAAUGGCAUUGAGGAUGCUGUUACCUUAUUCAAUCGCUUGAUUAAUAUACAGCCACUUCCAUCUGUUGUACAAUUCAACAUGAUUUUAGGGUCUGUAGUGAAGAUGAAACAUUGCCCUACAGCUAUCUCUCUUUUGAAACAAAUGGCGUUGAAAGGAGUUACUCCUUCUAUAGUCACUUUGAGUAUUUGGAUCAAUUGUUACUGCCAUUUGGGUGAGAUGGGUUUUGCUUUUUCCGUACUCGGCAUAGUUUUUAAGAGGGGAUAUCAACCCAAUAACAUAACCUUGACGACGAUCAUGAAAGGGUUGUGUAUUAACGGCGAGGUUAAGAAAGCAAUGGACUUUCAAGACAAUGUGGCAGCAGAAGGAAUUUUGUUGGAUGAAGUUAGUUAUGGGACCUUGGUCAAUGGUUUGUGUAAAAUAGGACAUACAGUAGAUGCCUUUCAGUUGCUGCAAAAGAUGGAAGAACAAGUGGUUAAGCCUAACGUAGUAAUCUACAACAUGAUCAUCGAUAAUUUAUGCAAAGUCGGGCUUGUAACUGAGGCUCGGGAUUUAUAUUUGAAGAUUCUUGUCCUGGGAAUAAAUCCUGAUAUUUUAACUUACACUUCUCUAAUUCGUGGUUUUUGUAGUACGGGUCAAUGGGGAGAAGUUAAUCUAUUGAUGUGUGAAAUGGUUAAUAGAAACAUCAAGCCGAAUGUUUAUACCUUCAAUAUAUUAAUUGAUGCAAUUUGUAAAAAAGGAAAGAUGAUAGAAGCUCAAGGUAUGUUUAAUUUGAUGAUUGAAAGAGGUCAGCAACCAGACAUUGUUACAUUCAACACUUUAAUGAAUGGACAUUGCUUACAUGGUAAUAUGCUCGAGGCAAGAAAAUUAUUUGAUACAGUUAUUGAAUGGGGAAUUCUGCAUGAUGUUUGGAGUUAUAACAUCCUGAUUAUUGGGUAUUGCAAGUGCAAAUGGAUUGAUGAAGCUGUGAGUCUCUUCAAUGAAAUGCAUUGCAAAAAUAUGGUUCCUAAUAUUAUAACUUACAGUUCUCUUAUUGAUGGUUUGUGCAAAUCUGGAAGAUUCUCUUAUGCGUGGGAACUUUUUAGUACAAUCAAUGAUGACGGUCCACUACCUAAUGUCAUCACUUACAAUAUCUUGAUAGAUGCUUUUUGCAAAAUCCAAGAUAUUGACACGGGAAUUGCCUUAUUUGACCUAAUGUUCAAAAGGGGAUUGACUCCUAAUGUUUCGACUUAUAACAUCUUGAUUAAUGGGUAUUGUAAGAGUAAGAGGAUUGAUGAAGCCAUGAACCUCCUGAAUGAAACGCAUAGCAAACAUUUGGUUCCUGAUUCUGUAACUUAUAAUUCUCUUAUUAAUGGCUUAUGUAAAUCUGGGAGACUCUCCGAUGCAUGGGAGCUUUUCAAAUUGAUGCAUGUUGGUGGACCACCGGUUGAUGUUGUUACUUACAAUACAUUAUUAGAUGCUUUUUGCAAAAUACAACAUGUAGCCUAGGAUACUGCAUUAUUCAACCUAAUGUUGGAAAGAGGAUUUACUUCUUAAGUUUAUAAUCAUGGCCUAUUCUUUAAUUGAUGGUUUAUACAGAGGUUAAAGAGCGACAAUUUCAUAUAAGAUUGUUCAGCAUCUUUUGAUUUGUCUGAUAAACAUCACAUAUGACACCAUAACCAAUGUCCUUUCCUAAGUUAGAGGUCGAGGAACUGCAUCAAGAAAUGAUUGCUGGAGGUCUGUACAAAUGGUAAAACCUAGUGAGAUACUUUGGUUUAUAAACUUUAUGCAGAGGUCAAAGAUCGAUGAUUGCAUAAGAGAUUGUUCUGCAUCUUUUGAUUUGUCUGAUAAACAUCACAUAGAACACCAUAACCAGCGGACUUUCUUAAGGUAGAGGUAAAGGAACUGCAUCAAGAAAUGAUUGCUGAAGAUGUGUACAAAUGGUAUAACCUAAUUAGAUACUUUUGCUGCAUCCAAAUUUAUGCUUAUGACAGUAUGUCUAAAUGGUUAGCGAUGUAAGUUCCUUAGAAAUAAUUUGUAUAGUGUGUGUGUGCUUGUAUAGUAUGUGUGUACUUUAAAGAUUUAUAGUAUGUGUGCUCUUUUUUACAAUUAGUAAUUUUUCUAUUUAAUACUACUUUGUCUAACAUUUUAGAUUUCAAAAUUGUUUAGUUUAAAAAAUAUAGAUUAAUAUUUUUAUGAUGUUUGUUUUCUCUUGAACAAUACAAAAAAAAAGUUAUUAUCAAUAGCAUUGACACCAAUAAUUAUUUUAUAAAAAAAUUAUAUUAUUUG